AUGCCAUAUAAGUCGCGCUGGACAAUUGAUGUCCCCAACACCCACCUGGCAUCGAUCUUGCUUACCUCGCCCACAGCGCCGCUGUCCAAGACACACCGAUGUUUUUCCGAGGCCGCACGCCCGGACACGCAUUACUUCAGCACGCAUGACUUCCGGCUCUGGAGCCAGCGGUUCGCAGCGGGCCUGCGCAAGUCAGGCCUGUUAACGGGCGACCGGGUGCUGCUGUUCUCGGGCAAUGACCUGUUCUUCCCGGUCGUCUUCAUGGGAGUCAUCAUGGCGGGGGGUAUAUUCACGGGGGCCAACCCUACCUUUGUGGCGCGGGAGUUGGCGUACCAGCUGCAAGACAGCGGAGCAACGUAUCUUAUCUGCGCAGCCUCGAGCCUAGACACGGGCAUCGAGGCGGCAAAGCUGGCAGGCCUAGGCCGUGAGCGCGUCUAUGUGUUCGACAACGCGCUCUACGACGGCGGCGGGCGCGGCCAGCAGGGCUGUCCGUACUGGGGCGAGCUGGUGGCAUCGCCGGCAGAAGGGAGCUGGUUUGCAUGGGAUGAGCUGGCGACACCAGCGCAAGCGGACCGCACGCUGGCGCUCAACUACUCCAGCGGCACGACGGGGCGGCCCAAGGGCGUCGAGAUCUCGCACAAGAAUUAUGUCGCCAACAUGCUGCAGCUGGACCAUCUGGCAGCUUUGCACCCGGAAUACGAGACCCGUCGCCAACGCAGCCGCUGGCUCUGUUUUCUGCCCAUGUACCAUGCUAUGGCCCAGAACAUCUAUAUUGCGUCCGCCUUGUCCCGGAAUAUCCCUGUCUAUAUCAUGCCCAAAUUCGACUUUCUGCAGAUGCUCGAGUAUACCCAGCGAUUCCGCAUCACACACCACUUCCUCGUGCCGCCCAUCGUGGUCUUGUUGGCUAAGCAUCCGGCUGUCAAGAACUAUGACCUGAGCAGUCUCGAGGUCUUGACGAGCGGUGCGGCACCGCUGGGUCGCGAGGUAUGCGACGAGGUCGAGAAGCUGUGGCCCCCAGGGAAAAUCAAUGUCAAGCAGGGAUGGGGCAUGACCGAGGCUACCUGCUCCAUCCUCGGCUGGGAUCCCAUGCAGACCAGUACAUCGGCCUCGGUCGGCGAGCCCAAUGCCAACUGCGAGGCCAAGAUCAUGGCCGACGAUGGUUUCACGGAACUAGUGGAGCCGAACCAGCGCGGUGAGCUGUGGGUGCGCUCCCAGAAUAUCAUGAAGGGCUACUGGCGGAACCCCGAGGCCACGCAUCAGACCAAGACUGCUGAUGGAUGGCUGCGGACGGGCGAUAUUGCCUAUGUCGAUGACCAGGGCAAGUUCCACGUUGUGGAUCGCAUGAAGGAGUUGAUCAAGGUCAAAGGCAACCAGGUGGCCCCGGCAGAGCUGGAGGCUCUGCUGCUGGAGCAUCCAGCUGUGGCCGACGCUGCCGUCAUUGGGGCGGCCAUCAACCACGACGAGCGCCCGCGCGCAUACAUCGUCCUCAAGCCUGGACAGACCGCCACGCCGGCCGAUAUCACCCAGUUCGUUGAUGGCAAAGUGACGGCGUUCAAGCGGAUUACCGGCGGCGUGGUAUUCCUCGAUGCGAUCCCGAAGAACCCCUCGGGGAAGAUCCUACGCAAGGUUCUGCGCGAGCAGUCUCAGCGGGAGCUGCAGGGUAACACGGCCAAGCUCUAG